AGUGUAUGAGAAAUAGGGUUAUCAUUUUAAGUUUCUGGUGUAGGUAGGUGAAAUCAUGGUCAUCAAUCAUCUUAUGAACAUCACCUCUGGAGCGUGCACGUGAGCCUCGCCCAUAUGCUUUUAAUAUAAUUUAAAAGGCAGCCUCAUCUUGUCUAGCCUCAGUAAACCUUGAAGCAUUUUACUAACAGUUUCACCAGACCACUGACCCACUGCAAAAAGAAGAUCAGUCAAAGCAUGGCUUUCACAAUGCUGCAGUAUGGAGGGUUUUCAUCAGGCCUCAUUGGUUUGGCUUUAGUUUUAGCUGCCACGGUUAUGGAUAACUGGUGCAUCAAAGAUCGGCAAGGGGACAUGAUAACUUCUGUCUACACUUACAAGGGACUGUGGCGAAACUGUGAAGUGUCUAAUGCUGCAUUCACAGAAUGUCGACCACUGCAUGGCCUUGCAGGGUACUCAGGACAUUUUCAAACUGUAAGAGCACUGAUGAUAAUGGCUAUUGUCAUUAGUGUAGCUGCAGUUUUGAUCGCACUGUUCUCUCUAAAGUGUGUCAAAAGAAGAAGCAUGGAUCGAUGCAUCAAGGCCAAAAUGACUCUAUGUGCAGGGAUUCUGCUUAUCAUUGCCGGCCUUUUUGGCAUAUCUGGACCAUCAGUUUAUGCCAAUGACAUAGUGGCUAGUUUCAUGAUGACCUCUUACUAUCCAAACCAAGGAAAGAUAGGAGUCAUGGGUCAGUACGGAGAUGAAAUAGGAAAAAGCGGAAUUGGGAUUGGUGGAUUAGGCAUGGGUGGAAUGGACAUGCUUGCUCCCAGGUAUACAUUUGGCCCCGCCCUUUAUCUAGCUUGGGUAGGAGGAGCUUUGUUACUUCUAGGAGGAAUUUUGAUGUGCAUCGCAUUCAGAGGAAUGCAAACCAACAAUGAUACAGAAAAGGGUCAUGUUUACAAAGCACCAGGCCGCUGCAGGCCAGCUGAUGAAGAGGUUGAACAUCAGAGAACAAAAGGAUGCCAAAAGUAUUAAUAAAGGCUGAUGUCUCUGUAAA